AACAGGAUAUAUUGUCAUUCUUCACAUCAAUUUUAGGGAUUCGGAAUACCUGGAUUUUGGGAUAGAGAAAUUGGAGAAGAAGAACCGGAAUUCAGCUCUGCUCUAUUCCUUUUCCGGUCGAAGAGCUUUGAUUACGCCGUCCCACAGGCGGAGGUUUCGGCAAGAGGAUAAGGUGAUGGCGGCGAGGCUUCUGGACCGGUGGGGAUAGAAAUUUUAACCGCCUAUAUUACUUUAAAAAUAAAAAUGCUAAGGACCACCGCCGGCCUAGGGUAAAAUAGUCGAUAGCAGAGAAGGAGGUAGAACCGAGAGAGCGUCGGAGGAGAACCCACCACCGACCACCCAACCCACAGCCAUGGGUAAAGAUUCGCUUGGGGAAAUUGACUGCCUUAGCCUAGGGCUGAAGUCGGACUGCGAAUAUGGGUGCAGAUUUUUCUGACUUCAUUGACAUGAAGGUCUUCUUUUGUUUUUAUUCAUCUAUAAAAAAGCAAUCGCGCGGGGUCACAAUGAGAAGUGCAGACUUGAGAAAAUAACAGAUAUGAAAAAACAACAAAGAGUUGAUAUGAAAAACUUGUGCCAAAUAUGUUGGACAAAAUGUGUAAUGACAAACUUGAAGAUCUUCACCAAAGGAUGUGUUUCGUUUUCAUUUGUUGGACACGAAUUUUCCAGGAGAAGAAAAAGCAAUUUUUCUAUUACAUUGAGGAGCUAAUGAAGAACAAAUCACAGGAACUGUAAACUACAGUUUUAUCUCUUCAACAACAAUCGCUCACCUUCUAUCCCACAUUACGCGCGAUCAAUCUGACGAUAUCGCAUUCAAGCAAUCCUAGAUCUACCAGAGAAGGGAUGAUGCACUGGGCCUUCAAAAUAACAAAGCAGAUUGGCAAUAUUGAAAAAGGAGGACAAGUACUUUAGGUCUCAUCCUCCACUUUUGUUAUUAGGAGCAAGAUGUAGGCUCGUGUUCUACACUUCUACAAGUUAAGAUAGAAGUUCAUGCAUAUUUUCAUGGUUCAUUUGUUACAAUAAUAUACGGAGUAAACUUUUGAUGUUGUUUUUAAUUCAAUUUCUUUAAUUUUUAGACCGACAUUGAUGAAUUGAAAUACAUUGUAACCCACAAUGUCAAAUUUUUCUUAGAGUAAUGGAGUGAUUAUUUAAUGAAAAAAUUUAGAACACGUUAGAUAUGAUAUUUUUCACAUUACUUUGUGCCUGUUUGGGAAUAACAUUGUCCCAGAUCACCAGGCCCGCCGCCCAUGAGGAUGUUCAUGAGGGAGAAUGGUGGACUUUAUCUACUGAUGGAUCGUCAGCUGCAAAGGCUUGCGGUGGGGGCGUGGUAAUCCAAUCACCGGAAGGAUUCCGCUCCUAUCAUGCAAUAAAAUUCCAGUUCAAGGUGUCCAACAACGAAGCCGAAUAUGAAGCAUUACUGAGCGGACUGAGAAUCAUCCUCAACCUGAAGGCCGAAUACGUUAGGAUCAGGUGCGAUUCGCGCCUGGUCGUCAGUCAAAUCAAAGGGGAGUUCGACACCAAGGAGGAACGGAUGCGCCUAUACAAGGAGGCGGCCUUAGAGUUGCUCAAAGUCCUCAAAGGAUACGAGCUGGUGCAGAUCCCGAGGGCGGAAAACACCGAGGCUGACGUUCUCUCCAAACUGAGCAACGACAGCCCCGAACAUAUCUCCAAGAUGGCUCACAUUGAAGACUUGGGAACCCCAAGCAUCCACAUACAGCUCAUCUCUGUUGUCACCGAGGAGGUCAACGGCUGGAUCGCGGAGCUAAUCCGGUAUAAGAAGGAUGGGAUUCUCCCGGGCGAUGAGACGACGGCCCGUUUGAUCAAACAGAGGGCGCCGACGUACGUCGUUGAGAAUGGCCGACUAUACAAGAGAUCGUACAAUGGCACAUUGCUAAGGUGUGUUGAUGAAGCCAGAGCGGGGCAAAUCAUGGAAGAAGUGCAUGAGGGAGUAUGCGCAGCACAUCAAGGUCCUUUCUCCAUGGCAAGACGCAUUGUCCUGCAGGGAUACUUCUGGCCGACCAUGGUGAAGGACUAUGCCAAGCACGCCAAGCGUUGCAAAGUAUGCCAAGUUUUUCAGAACAUUCCGGGUAGACCAGGAACCAGCUAUCAUCCCAUCAGCUCAUCGAUUCCCUUUGCUCAUUGGGGGAUAGACUUGAUCGGAUUGAUGCCGAGGGCACCCGGUAACUUCCGUUGGAUCAUCGUGGCCAUCGAUUAUUUUACGAAGUGGAUCGAGGCCGAGCCUUUAGUGGGAGGAACCUCAGAACAAUGCUCAAAAUUUGUGAACAACAACAUACUCUACCGGUACGGUGUUCCAAAGCAGAUCACUACGGACAACGGAACCCAAUUCGAGGCCGGAGAUUUCAAUGAACUCCUGGGAGAUUGGAAAAUCAGGCACACCUACAGCUCUGUGGCCUACCCGCAGGGGAACGGCCAAGUAAAAAACGCCAAUCGAACAAUCAUGGAUGGGAUCAAGAAGAGGCUGGAAUCUUACAAAGGAGCCUGGGUGGACCAGCUUCCCAACGUGCUGUGGGCAUACCGCACAACUCCGAGGAGGGCGACAGGGGAAACACCGUUUUCCAUGUGCUACGGUCUGGAAGCAAGAGCACCCUCGGAAGUGUUCAUUCCAACAUGGAGAGAGGAGAACUAUGAAGCCAAGGAGAACGAGGAAACCAUGGCGGCCGAUCUCAACUUCGUUGAAGAACGCCGGGAGCAAGCUUUCCUCAAAGCAGAAAACUACCGAAGGCAAGUAAAAGAAUACUACGACCGCAAAGUCAGAGCAAGGGAAUUCCGAGUAGGGGAUUUGGUACUCAGGAAAAGGGAAGACAGUCAGCCUACAGAAGGAGGAAAGUUUUCCAAAAGCUACGAAGGACCAUAUAAGGUCACAGCCGUACUCAGGCCUGGCACCUACAAGCUCGCCACGCUCGAAGGGCGCGAACUCGGCAGGCACUGGAAUACGCACAAUCUCAUUUCUUUUUACAUGUAAGGCACUGAGAACCGUAACCAGUCGGCCUCGGUAGCUAAAAAAAAAAUAUUCUUCAAUGAGAUACUCGCUUCCACGCGAAUUCUGUUUUGCU